CUCUGUUUUAACAGCCGCCUCAUCCCUGGUGUCAACAGCACCCUGCGCUCUGUCACUUGUGUCUGUGACAUUCGGGUGAGGGAGUGGAGUGGUUCCCACAGCGAGGAGGCGACCCCGGCUCACAGCCCAGGGGCAUGUCCCCUGACCAGCCCACCUGGCCCUGACACUGCCCACUUGGGGAGGCCACAUGCAGGCCAAGAUGCUGACCCCAGCCCACUUUCUGCUGCUGCUGCUGCUGCUCCCAGUGGCCCCAGGCUCGGGCCUGUCCCCGGGGCUCUACAAAGCUGAGUCCAUCUUUGGCUGCAUCAACACGGCCCUGGCCGAGGCCAAGGAGAGCCAGCUGGAGGCUGCCCAGCCACUGAGCAAGAGAGGGGCCGACGGCCAGUGGCGGGGGCCACAAGAGGACAGCAACAAGAGGCCCCUCCCUGGCCCCCGCCUCAAGCACCCGGCCCCCAUGCAGCCUCGGGGGAGGCUAUCCCUGGACAAGUCCAGGGGCGACCGGCGCACCAAGCUCACGCUGUCCCUGGAUGUGCCCACCAGUAUCAUGAACGUCCUCUUUGACAUCGCCAAGGCCAGGAACCUGCGGGCCAAGGCGGCAGCCAAUGCCCACCUCAUGGCGCAGAUCGGGCGCAGGAAGUAGAGGCACCUGGAUGGGGGCAGCUGGGACCCUGGUCUGUGGGUGGGGGUCUCCCUAGCACUGUGAAGCCCCUGCUGGCCAGCCCACCGCACCCUGCCCUGCCCUAGUGUAUAACAGAGGUCCUGUGCUGUCCCACCUUCUCCCUCUUCUCCUGUCUCCCUCCCCAGACUGGGGGACCCACAUCCCUGAUCCCCAAUGCUCCCCUCACCUCUCCCCAUUCCCCCACCACCACCACCACCCCCCACACACACACACAGGAGAGGCAGCUGGAGCUCCUGGUCCUGCAACCCAGCAAGAAAGCUAGGUGACACCCAGCUGGUCCUCCUUUCACCAGACCCUUCCCUCUCUCCCUGUCCCCAUUAAACCAAUGACUUCUCGA